AUAACCUCAAACUUCUCGAACGAGAAUAGUAAACAAAGAUUAGUUAGUUAUGUGCAACAUCAAUAAACUAUAUAAAGUUGAGUAAGUGAAAAGAGCCAGUUAGCAACCGUUUUACGACCAAUUCAUAACUGGUGAAUGACACCCAAGUGAAACGCCAAUAUUAUGGACUUGACGAAAAUCGCGAAACUAAGCUGCAUAGUUUUAUGUGCAGUUGCAGCUGCAGUAAAUGGCAAGUUGCACCCGGUGGUGUUUAUUCCUGGAGAUGGCGGUAACCAGUUGGAAGCCAAAUUGAACAAGUCAGAUGUGGUGCAUUAUAUCUGCCAGAAAACCACCACCGACUACUUCAAUAUCUGGCUGAAUAUGGAGCUGCUGGUGCCACUUGUGAUUGAUUGCUGGAUCGACAAUAUCAAGCUGACCUACGACAAUGUUACUAGGACAACACGCAAUCCUCCUGGGGUGGACAUCAGAGUUCCCGGAUUUGGGACGAGCGAAACUGUUGAGUGGAUAGACCCCAGUCACGCUGUUACUGGAUCAUAUUUCAAGGAUAUUGCCAAUACUCUGGUUUCCAUGGGCUACACUCGUAACGUUAGCAUUAGGGGCGCUCCGUAUGAUUUCAGAAGAGGACCCAACGAAAACCAGGACUACUUCGUCCAACUGAAGAAGCUCAUAGAAGACACAUACGAAGCAAACAACCAGACCUCGGUGAUGCUAAUUGUACAUUCGAUGGGCGGGCCGAUGUCUUUGUUUUUUUUGAACCAACAAGCACAGUCUUGGAAGGACAAGUACAUCAAACGCCUGGUGGCUUUGAGUGGAGCUUGGGGGGGAUCUGUGAAGGCCAUUAAAGUCUAUGCAAUGGGAGAUGACUUGGGCUCGUACGUACUCAGACCAAGCGUGAUGCGGCCGCAACAGAUCUCCCAGCCCAGUACUGCCUGGCUCUUACCAUCCCCCCUAUUUUGGAAGCCCGACGAAGUCCUAGUUGUAACCGACAAGAAGAACUACUCGUUGGCCAAUUUGCAACAGUUUUUCCAGGGAAUUUCGUUUCCAGACGGCUGGGAGAUGCGGAAGGACAUUGAGCCCUAUCAACAGCAUUUCAAACCACCGGGAGUCGAAGUGCAUUGUCUGUAUGGAAGCGGUGUCAAUACUGUGGAGCAAUUGCAAUAUAAGCCGGGCACUUGGCUAGACGGGACGCCCAGUUUGAUUUACGGGGACGGUGAUGGCACAGUAAAUAUCCGCUCUUUGGAAGGGUGCAAGCACUGGCAGCCCCUACAAAAACCGAAAGUUUUCUGCCAGCCUUUUCCCAACACCGAUCAUAUGGGAAUUCUGCGCAGCAAUCAAUCCCAAGAGUAUAUUGCGGGAUUGAUAAGAGCGGAUGAGCCGGCAUUUAAGUAUGCGCGCAACGAGCAGGAUCAGAAGCUUUGGCUGGGCAAAUUUGCGCAUCGGAGGAAAGAGAGUGAGAACCGUGCAGAUGAAAAGCUUCGACAUAGUGUUUAGGAUGAUUAUUUAGGUUUGAGCCACGAGAAGAAAGUCUAAAAGUAGAACAUUAAUUUAUAUGAUGUUUGCUAUUUGCUGAGCUUUGUGUACAGGGUGAUUCAUUUACAAUGGGAAAUACAGAACCUGGAUAUAUUACACGUGAAACAUUUUUUUGCCAAUAACAAUCAUUUCACGUAUAGAAUCUCCAGUUUCCCGAUUGUUAGGGAAUCACCCUGUAGAAGCACUGCGAACUUUGCAUUUAUAGCACGAGAAGUACUGCACAGUUCAAGUUACAAUCACGCAGCAGAUGAGUCUGCAAUCUUAUUAUAAUUGUGAAUGUUUAAGUGAUAAAGCCAUUAGUGUUGCCAACUAAUAUUAGUCGAAAACCAGUUACCACCCAACUAUUAAGAAUUCUGUUAAAAUACUCUUGUAACAGUUAAAAAACUGUUGCGAAUAUGUUACAGUUGAUAUUAAAUCGAGAUCUGA